GUGUGCGUGUUAUGUGUGUGUCAUCAUCAGCUGUGUUGUGGUGAGGUGCGAGGUGUGCGCACCGCCGCCUUCUGCAGGAGCCAGCUAUUCCAGCCAUGGCGAGUGAGGGCAUAUCCAUCAAUAGCACCAAUGCGGAGUUCGGGGGCGGUGGAGACACAGAGACUGUGGUGGGCGUGAACAGAAAGGAGAAAGCACCACUCUUAUCUCAAAGAAGACUUUUCCGGAGUCUAAGUGGUCGUGACAUCUCAAGUAAUGGAUCUGAAGGGUCAAAUCCAAAGCGUACUCUUGGGACAUUUGGCGGCGUGUUCGCUCCUGUAUGUCUCUCCCAGUUCAGUUCUCUCCUCUUCUUGCGUGUGGGUUUCAUUGUGGGGAACUUGGGAUUGUUGGUGGCAUGUGGCUCCUUGACCCUCGCCUACGCAAUAUUGCUCUUCACCAUCCUCUCUAUUUGUGCCAUCUCUACCAAUGGUGCUGUGGAGGGAGGAGGAGCAUAUUAUAUGAUCAGCCGAACCCUUGGACCAGAAUUUGGAGGAGCUAUUGGAAUAUUGUUCUUCUUUGCGAAUGUGUUUAGCAGUGCCCUGUAUACCACUGGGUGUGUUGAAGGCUUGGUGGAUAAUUUUGGUGAAAGUGGGAGCUUAGCACAAUUUCUGCUGGAUGGGAAGUGGUAUCAGUUUGGCUACGGAUCAGCAGUGAAUGUCCUCAACAUGUUGGUGUGCCUUGUUGGAGCUGGAUUGUUUGCCAAGCUUACUGUUUUAAUUUAUGCUGUCGUCCUUAUCUGCACCGGUUCAGUCAUUCUCAGUUACUUGGUUGAACAUGAUGCAAUAUCAGUUCCUAUUCCAUCUUCAAAUCCCAUAGUGAAUGACACCAAUCCUCUGAAUGGCACAUACACUGGUUUCUCAGCCAGAACUUUAAAGAAUAAUUUAUACAUCAAUUAUUCUCAUGAUUACACCAACUGUGAUGAUGAUGAAGACUAUUCCACUUGCAUAACAGUGAAUUUUGCCAUGACCUUCGGAGUUUUAUUCAGCGGCGUCACGGGCAUCAUGGCUGGAGCCAACAUGUCUGGUGAAAUGAAGGAUCCAGGGAGAAGCAUUCCAAGGGGAACUCUCAUAGCUGUUCUCUUUACUUUUGCCACAUAUCUGCUUUUAUUUGUUCUGACGGCUGCUACAACAGAGAGAUUCCUCUUGACAAAUAACUACAUAUUUAUGAUGGGAAUCAGUUUAUGGAGACCUUUUAUUACUAUUGGUAUUAUAACAGCAACAUUAAGUGCCAGCUUGAGUAAUAUUAUUGGAUCCUCAAGAGUCCUGGAAGCUUUGGUAAAAGACAAUAUAUAUGGAAGGCUCACCCAUUUUAUUGGACUUAUAUCUAUUGGAAGUAAUCCAAUUGGAGCAGUGAUUGUGUCUGCCAUAAUGGUUGAAUGUGUUUUGCUUAUUGGAGGAUUGAAUCAGAUUGCAGAAUUUACUUCCAUCUUCUUUCUUCUGUCAUAUUUGGGCACCAAUCUGGCUUGUCUUGGACUGGAAUGGGCCAGUGCUCCAAACUUUAGGCCAACAUUUCACUACUUCUCUUGGUGGACAUCUGUUCUGGGGAUGAUUGGCAAUGGUGCCAUGAUGUUUGUCAUCAGUCCUUCAGUUGCAGCCAUCUGCAUUAUCCUACUGCUGGUGUUGAUCAUUAUUCUCCACCUCCGCUCACCCUCAGAGGAGCAUCAGUGGGGAUCUAUCUCUCAGGCUCUUAUAUUCCACCAGGUUCGAAAAUAUCUGUUACUGCUGGAUUCAAGAAAAGACCAUGUCAAGUUUUGGCGGCCACAGAUGUUGCUGUUGGUGAAUAAUCCUCGAUCAGCUUGUCCUCUUAUUGACUUCACAAAUGACCUUAAAAAAUCUGGUCUCUAUGUAUUGGGCCAUGUCAAGGUUGGAACCUUUGACGAUGACUCCAAAGAUCCGGCUGCACAGGACUACCCGAAGUGGAUGGCUCUUGUAGAUCAUUUGAAGGUAAAAGCCUUUGUGGAGGUGACUGUAGCCCCCACGGUACGGGAUGGUCUGCACCACCUGGCCCGAGUGUCUGGUCUUGGAGCCAUGAAGCCCAACACUAUCUUGCUAGGAUUUAAGGACAACACUCCAUCCCAAGACUUUUUCACAAGAUACGAGAUAUCAACGUCAUUUUCUUAUGGCUCUAUUGCUGCAGAAACUGAAGAGAAUGCGCAGCUUGGAGAUUCUUCUCCAUUUAAUGUUAGCAGCUAUCAGGCAACUUCUCCAGUUUCAUCUUCUCCAUCCCUUCUGACACAAGCAUCGGCUACAAGCUCACGUAUCACAACAGAGGAAUAUGUGAAAAUGAUAUUGGAUGUUCUCAACUUGGGGAAAAAUGUUUGUGUUUGUCGGCAUUUCCAUCAGAUGGACAAAUCUGCAAUAUUUAGGAAAGGAAACAAACAAAAGUAUUUCAUUGAUGUUUGGCCAGUUGACUUCCUCAAUCCUGAUGAUUCCAACAUAUUUGGAACAACAUCCUUAUUCCUGAUGCAGCUUGCAACUAUUCUUAACAUGGUGUCGUCAUGGAGAAAGAAAACAAUGCUGCGAGUGUUUCUGUGUGUGUCAUCUCGAGAUGCUGAUCCAGAAGCCCAAAAGACUCAAGUGAAGAAAAUGUUGCAAGAGUUACGGAUCAAUGCCACUAUUGUUUCUGUUCCAUGGGAUCAUGUCACCACACACCUGCAUAAGGAUGUAGAUGGUGGGCACUCAGAUGCAGAGGCAGAAGCUAACUUGAAUUACCUGUCUCGACUCAAUGAAGAAUACAUCAAUGGAGUUAAUGGGUUGAUAUCUGGGCAAAGCGUAGACACAGCUGUAACUUUCCUUCAUCUUCCCUGCCCUCCUGCAAACCCAGCUCUGCAUGUGGACUACCUGAGGCUCCUUACAAGCAUCACCAAUGGCCUCAAACCAACAGUCAUGGUUCAUGGCAUAUCUGCUGUCACCACCACCAAUCUGUAAUUCCAUCCACAGGGUUUUCCCACUGAAAUUGGAAUAUGUGAUUUUUAGCGAUAAGGAUGUAAUUUUAAACUCAGAAGUGUAGAUUUAUUUAACCAAGUAGUUGUUUUUAAUGCUUUUGCAGAUUUUAUGACCAAAGAAAGCUUAGGGAUUUGACUUUAAGUUAAUUAAUGGUCGUGUAUCUUUAGCAUGAGUGUGUAUUAAACAAAUGUGAUUACGUGAUGGUAAUUUAACUAAUUACAAACAAAAAGAUUUUAUUCUAAUUAUUUAAAGCAUGUAACUAAUUUUAUAAGAGCAAUAGAGGGAAUUUUAUUGACCUUAGAUUAAGAGAACUUUUAAUCUGUAUAUUUUUUAGCUAUACUGUGUGCAUCUCCAAGACUGCCCAAAGGACUUCAUAAGAUGUACUGAACACUGAAAAUCUUUGAUUUAUUGUUUUUUAAAUCUUAAUCUCUGUAUAUUAUAAGACAUAUAUUUUAAGAAUUAUGCUUUAAUAAAAGAUUCGUAGUCAUUGUAUAGAAGACAUUAAAGUAGGGAUAGUCAUAAAGAUCAAUUGAAUUUCAGUAGUUGGAAGAUUGCAUCUCGGUUUUAACAUGAUUAAUUUGGUAUGAGACCCUUUAUUUGUUAUUCUGUCCUUUUUGAAUGCAGCAACUUUAUGAACAUAUGUUUGGUGACUUUAACUAAUGAAAUGAAUAGAAUUUCAUACAAAUUUCAGUGUCAUACACUGGAUGAAUUAGUAGUCUAGUGGAAUGGGAGGCUGGGAAGCUCUCAAAGCAACUGAGAAAGAUACUGAGAAACCACAUGGAGGCUCAAGGUCCUUUGCUGCUACCACUGAUAGCCACAAAUGGUCUGAUCUACCUUAGUUACUUCUUCAGUUUCUGUAGAAGUUGUUUUAUACCUACCACAGAUCUGUCAUGCAUUUUUUAUAAUUAAUAAUGACACAUUUUUUUAUUGUACUACUUAUUCAGAGGAAGGUAAACACCCAAUGUAUCAGGACCCAAGCCCAAACAUGAUUGAUUGAGAGUUCCUAUAUUUUCUCUCUAUCUGGCCAUAAACACAGCUACAUAUUUGUAUAUUUAUUUCUAUUAUACCUGAACAGCUCUCCAUGUAUUUAUCUGUAUCCAUCUUUGUCUAUUUAUUCUUAAGCAAUGUGCUUAGAAUUUGUUCCUUUAUUGCAUAGGUUUCUAGUUCAUAUGGUUCUUGGAGUUCCCUUGCUACCAUCAGUCAUGUCUAGGGAAACACCAAAGAAGGAAAGAACUAUAAACAUAAAGAUGGUGCAACUUAUUGUUAUGCUCCAAAAUUUGUUUUAGAAUCCCAAAUUUAUUAAUUCUUCUGUAUGUCUUUUCAUUAUUCUCAAUUAUUUUUUAUUAUUAUUAUUAUUAUUAUACCUAGAAGGAAGGAUAAUUGAUAUUGCAUAAAUUCCCUUCUGUUUUCAGUAAUGCACUGACAAGAUCAACUAUUUUUGUAUGUACAAAGUUACCAUGUCUUCAGAUUUACAAAUAAGUGUGGUUUUGGCCAUUUUUAGACACAUAGUCAUGAGACCUUCAUGACCUAUAUGAUGUGUGCACCAGUGGCACAGAGAGUCUUAAUGGUGAGGGAGAAGGUUAUCAUGAGGUAGUACCAUUUAGGUGCUGCAGCAUUCAUGAUGGGUUGUGACUCUUAGUAAAAGGCAAACUUGACUUUAGUAGGAUGCAAAUUAGGAUAGACACAUGCCUCUCCAUGACUACUCUGCCACUGAUGCAGACUCUAUAUAAAAUUGCAGUACACAGUAUGAAUGUAUUAUGAAAUAGUAGGUAAGUGUUGAAAGUGUGAUUUUAUACCAUAUACAAGUAAUGGAAAACCAUUUUUAUUUUAAAGAGGAUGUCUCAUAGCUUUCAAGAAGAGGCAUGACCAAAAUUCAAAAGCCGUGAUGUGUCAUUUGAAAGAGAUAAAUUUUACUUUUAUUUGUAAUGGUAUUAAUUGCCAUGCAUUGUGGUGUAACAACUAUACAUAAAGUUGUCAUAAUGAAACACCCUCCUUAUUUAUAUAUGGUUGAGAUUUAAAGGAAUCAUGUGAUGUGGAAGGAUAAAGAGAUGUUAUAUCAAAUAUGAAAAGAUGUCAUCAUAGUUGAUAAGGAAUAGUUUAGAAAGGAGCUUAGUGUUUGUGGAUCAAGAAUAUAUUAUGAGUAUAAGUGAGGAGGUUAUUUGUAUUUGUUGGGAAUAAGAUUGUGAUAGAAUUAUGAAUGAUGAAACCAAAUAAUUAGCAAGUGAUAUAGAUGUGUGAUUAUUGAUCAGUGGUCAUGUCUGUGGAUUAAGAAAGGAAAAAUCCAUAGUCAAGCAGAAUUUUAUUGUAAUUUUGCUUUGUUAAACUGAAUUAUCAGUCAGUGUGAAUAGUAAUUGUACCUAUUGCUGUUUUAAUUGUAAUUUAAUCAUUAUUACUAUUGUAAUGAUGCUACAGAUGUUUAUCUUUAUUGUUGUUGUUAUUAUAAUUAUCAUUAUUGUUUUCAUUAUUAUUAUUAUUAUUAUUAUUAUUAUUAUUAUUAUUAUUAUUAUUAUCAUUAUUAUCAAUGAUUCCAUUGUUGUCAUUAUUACCAUUAUUAUUACAAAUUGACAGGUAUAAGGCCCAGUAUUUAAUUCCAUGGGCAGGCAUAGAUAGUGUUUGGAUUGAAUUUUGUUGUUGAAACUGAUUGUUCAGUAGUAAGUAAUAACAGAUGGAGUUGUCACCUCACAGUUCAACUGGAGUGGCUGGUUAGCAUCCCUCUCCAUGUGUGUGUGUGUGUGUUUCAAAACACCCAUCAUUGUGUAUGCCACACAAAUGGUAGAUAAGCAAUAUAUUGAGCUAUGGUAACUCAUUAUUAUUAUUAUUAUUAUUAUUAUUAUUAUUAUUAUUAUUAUCAUCAUUGUCAUUAUCAUGUUAUAAUUAUAAUUCUUACAAAAAUAGUGUUAUUUUCAACACUAAAAUGAAGAAAAGUUAAAGAUUAAAACUUGGCUAACUAGUCUAGAUAUCAAGUAACUUAAUUUCUCUUGAAGAAAUAUGAAAGAUAGAUUUGUAAUGUUAGGAGUAACCAUUGACAGAGAUGCAGUGUGAAGGAAAUGAACAUGUCCAUGUUUGUUAGAAAUUCUUUGAGAAACAUUCUUGUGUUUGUACAACCUGUGCUAUUUAAUCAUCACCUGCAUAUAUAUAUAUAUAUAUAUAUAUAUAUAUAUAUAUAUAUAUAUAUAUAUAUAUAUAUAUAUAUAUAUAUAUAUAUAUAUAUAUAUAUAUAAACUUCAGCAUUACAGCAUGACAGUCCUACUGGCAUAAUUCCAUACUCCACAAGUUUUUCUUUAAUGACAUGCCAUAUGUUGGAAACCAUAAACGUGAAUAAUAUCAGAUACCUUUAUUUUUAUCCAGCAUCAGUUUCAUUAUAAACAAGCACCACACUGUCACUAAUGUCCACACACUCCUUGACUUCAAUCUUGAUUGUGACAUUUGAUUAUGUAGACUGUCUAUGGCAGAUAUCAGAUACAAUCUAUUUUGUCUAUUAUAUUAAUACUCAUGCACUAGAUAUAUAAGUGAGUUCUACUCAUAACAAUCUAUAUCAUAGUUUCACUCACUUUAACCCCCCCAAAAAUGUGUAUUAGAUUUUGUUGCAUUGUCAUCAAUUACACAUUGCUUUCAUAUUUCAUAUUCUUUUGAUUCUUUUAUUUGCUAUAGAUAUCACUAGCAGUUGGCCAUCACAUCAUCCACACAAUAAUCAAACGGCAGUUAGUGGUGUCCAUUACUGAAUAAUGUAGCAAUAUGCUGUGAUUUGAUGUUACAUAAAUGACACAUAAUGGAGCAUACAGAGCUUAACUAAUGGACCAUUGUCAUGUGUAUCUCAUGGUCUACCCUGCUGAAGAAACGAGACAAAUUUUAUAGCACUGUUUUCCUUUUGAGUAUAAAGAAUGAGACAUUUUUAUGUACUACACAAUCAGGUUUUCUUAUAUGCAAACAUUUAUUUUUGAAUACAGGUAUCAUUAACAAAAUAUAUGCAUUUAGUCAAGAUAGAAUUGAUAGUAGAUAGCAAUGAUGUAUCAUUUAAUGUGUUGAAUUGAUAAGGUACACCAAUUUAGCAAGAUUAUUCAGUGGAUUCAUCUAUCCUAAAGGCGGGAUGCAAAAUUGUAAUGUUACAUGAACUUAGCAAGUACAUACUUUUAUUCAAGAUGUAUGUAAUAUGUUUGAAAUACUAGUUUUAUACCGAUACUAAGAAAUAAAUCUCAAUAUCGUG